CGGGCGGGAGGGAGGGAUCAUGGCGGCGCCGGGAGAAGCGCUGAGGGCGGCGAUGGCCGCGGUGCUGCUGCUGGGCUGGGGCGCGCACGGGCUCUACUUCCACAUCGGAGAGACCGAGAAGCGCUGCUUCAUCGAGGAGAUCCCCGACGAGACCAUGGUCAUCGGCAAUUACCGGACGCAGCUGUGGGACAAACAGUCCGAGGCUUUCCUGCCCUCCACGCCCGGCCUGGGCAUGCACGUGGAGGUCAAGGACCCCGACGGAAAGGUGGUGCUGUCGCGGCAGUACGGCUCCGAGGGUCGCUUCACGUUCACGUCGCACACGCCGGGCGAGCACCAGAUCUGCCUGCACUCCAACUCCACCCGCAUGGCGCUGUUCGCCGGCGGCAAGCUGCGGGUGCACCUGGACAUCCAGGUGGGCGAGCACACCAACAACUACCCCGAGAUCGCCGCCAAGGACAAGCUGACCGAGCUGCAGCUCCGCGCGCGCCAGCUGCUCGACCAGGUGGAGCAGAUCCAGAAGGAGCAGAACUACCAGCGGUACCGCGAGGAGCGGUUCCGCAUGACGAGCGAGAGCACCAACCAGCGCGUGCUCUGGUGGUCCAUCGCCCAGACCGUCAUCCUCAUCCUCACCGGCCUCUGGCAGAUGCGGCACCUCAAGAGCUUCUUCGAGGCCAAGAAACUCGUCUAGCCCCCCAAAACCCCCUCGGGGGGCACCCCCAAAUCCAUUCCCACCUGUGGGGGUGCCCCAAAAUCCCGCCCAACCCUUCAGAACAACCCAAAAUCCAGCCCAGCCCCCCAAAAAACAACCCAAAAUCCAGCCCAGCCCCCCAAAAGACACCCCAAAACUCAGCCUCAUCCUGGGGUGGGUACCCCAAAAUCCACCCCAAAAACAACCCAAAACUCAUCCCAACCCCCCCAAAUGUCACCCCAAAAUCCAUCCCGAAACUCAUCCUAACCCCAAAAAACACCCCAAAACUCAUCCCAACCCCCCCAAAUCUCACCCCAAAAUCCAUUCGGACCUGGGGGGUGCCCCAAAAGUCAUCUCAACCCCAAAAAACACCCCAAAACUCAUCCCAACCCCCAAAAAAACACCCCAAAACUCAUCCCAACCCCCGAAAGUCACCCCAAAGUCCAUUCCAAGCUGGAGGGUUCCCCCCAAAAUCCACCCCAACCCCACCCAAAAUAACCCAAAACUCACCCUCAGCCCUUGGAUCCCCAAAAUCCAUCCCACCCACUUUGGGGUGCUGUGGGGGGACCCCCAAACCUCUCCCCCGCAUUUUGGGGUUUUUGGGGAGGGUCCCCCUUCCCCCCCUGCAGAUUUUGGGGUGCCCCUCCUGCCAUGGGGUGUUUUUUUUGGGGAGGAUGAAAUAAAGGUUUUUUUAUUCCA